AGGCCUACGCGGGUCAACGCAGCUUGGGGGAUGCGAGCCAGCUAGCAGCGCGUGACGGAGAGCGUGAGCGACAGAUCUCCGUGGCCAAUGAUUUGCAGGCGCCUGGAAAUCGCAACCAGUGAUGAGUCUAAGGGGCGGGAGGCAGCAGGUUAGGCAGUGAGAAGUUAGUGGCGCUGCUGGGACGGGGAGAAGAGACGCUUCUUCCUCCUGCUGCUCCUUGCCUUCCCGGGAUCAGCCGCGGCGGUGGCCGCGAGUGAUUCGGCAGCGUCUCCGGCUCCGCGUGAGAACCAUGCUGACGGACAGUGGGGGCGGCGGCACCUCCUUUGAGGAGGAUUUGGACUCCGUAGCUCCGCGAUCCGCCCCAGCUGGGGCCUCGGAGCCGCCUCCGCCGGGAGGGGUCGGGCUGGGAAUCCGCACCGUGAGGCUUUUUGGGGAGGCUGGGCCCGCUCCGGGAGUCGGUGGCGGCGGCAGCGCGGGCGGAGGGGACGCAGCGCUGGAUUUCAAGUUGGCGGCUGCGGUGCUGAGGACGGGCGGCGGAGGUGGUGCCUCUGGAAGCGACGAGGACGAGGUGUCCGAGGUUGAAUCAUUUAUUUUGGACCAAGAAGAUUUGGAUAACCCAGUCCUUAAAACGUCAGAGAUAUUCUUAUCAAGUACAGCAGAAGGAGCAGAUUUACGCACAGUAGAUCCAGAGACCCAAGCGAGACUGGAAGCUUUGCUAGAAGCAGCAGGAAUUGGCAAAUUGUCAACUGCUGAUGGUAAAGCUUUUGCAGAUCCUGAGGUUCUCCGGAGACUGACGUCCUCAGUUAGCUGUGCACUGGAUGAAGCCGCUGCCGCACUGACACGGAUGAGAGCAGAGAGCACACACAGUACAGGACAAGUGGACACUCGCAGUCUGGCAGAAGCUUGUUCAGAUGGAGAUGUGAAUGCCGUUCGUAAACUGCUAGAUGAAGGCAGAAGUGUAAAUGAACAUACAGAAGAAGGAGAAAGCCUGCUGUGUUUGGCUUGUUCAGCAGGAUAUUAUGAACUAGCACAAGUACUACUAGCUAUGCAUGCUAAUGUUGAAGAUAGAGGGAAUAAAGGAGAUAUAACUCCUCUGAUGGCAGCUUCCAGUGGAGGUUAUUUAGAUAUUGUAAAAUUAUUACUUCUUCAUGAUGCAGAUGUCAACUCCCAGUCAGCAACAGGGAACACUGCACUGACUUAUGCUUGUGCUGGAGGAUUUAUUGACAUUGUAAAAGUGCUUCUUAAUGAGGGUGCAAAUAUAGAAGACCAUAACGAAAAUGGACACACUCCCCUAAUGGAAGCAGCCAGUGCAGGUCAUGUGGAAGUUGCCAGAGUUCUUCUAGAUCAUGGUGCGGGUAUCAACACUCAUUCUAAUGAGUUUAAAGAAAGUGCUCUGACACUUGCCUGCUACAAAGGCCAUUUGGAUAUGGUUAGAUUUCUGCUUGAAGCUGGUGCAGAUCAAGAGCAUAAAACAGAUGAGAUGCACACUGCCUUAAUGGAAGCUUGCAUGGAUGGGCAUGUAGAGGUGGCACGUUUGCUUUUAGACAGUGGUGCUCAAGUGAAUAUGCCCGCAGAUUCCUUUGAGUCCCCAUUGACUCUAGCUGCCUGUGGUGGACAUGUCGAAUUGGCAGCACUGCUUAUUGAAAGAGGAGCAAAUCUUGAAGAAGUUAAUGAUGAAGGAUACACGCCCUUGAUGGAAGCUGCUCGAGAAGGACAUGAGGAGAUGGUGGCACUUCUGUUGGCACAAGGUGCAAAUAUAAAUGCCCAGACAGAAGAAACUCAAGAAACUGCUCUUACCUUGGCUUGCUGUGGAGGCUUUUCUGAAGUUGCAGAUUUCCUGAUUAAGGCAGGGGCUGACAUAGAACUUGGCUGCUCUACACCUCUCAUGGAGGCUUCUCAGGAGGGACACCUGGAGUUAGUUAAAUAUUUACUGGCUGCUGGUGCUAAUGUGCAUGCUACCACAGCAACAGGAGACACAGCUCUAACCUAUGCUUGUGAAAAUGGACAUACAGAUGUUGCAGAUGUUUUACUUCAAGCAGGGGCCCACUUAGAACAUGAAUCUGAGGGUGGAAGAACACCUUUGAUGAAAGCUGCAAGAGCUGGUCACUUGUGCACUGUUCAGUUUCUUAUUAGCAAAGGUGCCAAUGUGAAUAGGGCUACAGCCAAUAAUGAUCACACAGUAGUGUCACUGGCAUGUGCAGGAGGCCAUUUGGCAGUGGUUGAACUACUCUUGGCUCAUGGAGCUGACCCUACUCAUCGACUUAAGGAUGGAUCAACAAUGCUUAUUGAAGCUGCAAAAGGUGGCCAUACUAAUGUUGUUUCUUAUCUGUUGGAUUAUCCAAAUAAUGUUCUGUCGGUUCCCACCACAGAUGUGUCUCAACUUACCUCUCCGUCACAAGAUGAAUCUCAGGUUCCACGAGUACCCAUACACACACUUGCCAUGGUUGUGCCUCCCCAGGAACCUGACAGAACUUCGCAGGAGACGUCUACUGCCCUUUUAGGAGUACAAAAAGCUGUCAGUACCAGAGUGCCUGUUGGUUCAAACAAUCCCUCUCAGACCACAGAAUGUCCCACACCUGAAUCUUGUUGUCAGACUCCAAGCAAUAUGGUUACCCCAUCAAUUCCCCCUGUGUAUCCUUCCGUUGACAUUGAUGCACAUACGGAAAGCAAUCAUGACACAGCUUUAACACUGGCCUGUGCGGGUGGUCACGAAGAACUCGUAUCUGUUCUCAUUGCUCGGGACGCUAAAAUUGAGCAUAGAGACAAAAAAGGUUUUACCCCACUGAUCCUGGCGGCAACAGCAGGGCAUGUUGGAGUUGUUGAAAUCCUUUUGGAUAAAGGUGGAGAUAUAGAGGCACAAUCUGAACGAACUAAAGAUACUCCGCUUUCUUUGGCAUGUUCUGGUGGACGACAGGAGGUGGUAGAUUUGCUGCUGGCCCGAGGAGCCAAUAAAGAACAUAGGAAUGUAUCUGAUUAUACACCGCUGAGUCUGGCUGCAUCUGGAGGAUAUGUGAAUAUUAUUAAGAUUUUGCUUAAUGCUGGGGCAGAAAUUAAUUCAAGGACUGGAAGUAAACUAGGUAUUUCUCCAUUGAUGUUGGCUGCAAUGAAUGGACAUGUUCCUGCAGUGAAAUUGCUGCUUGAUAUGGGUUCAGACAUUAAUGCACAAAUAGAGACCAACCGGAACACAGCUCUCACCCUAGCCUGUUUCCAGGGCCGAGCAGAAGUAGUGAGUUUGCUUUUGGACCGCAAAGCCAAUGUUGAACAUAGGGCAAAGACUGGUCUUACUCCUUUGAUGGAAGCAGCUUCUGGAGGAUAUGCAGAGGUUGGAAGAGUUCUCCUUGAUAAAGGAGCAGAUGUCAAUGCGCCUCCUGUGCCUUCCUCAAGAGAUACUGCUUUGACAAUAGCAGCAGACAAAGGCCACUACAAAUUCUGUGAGCUCCUGAUCAACAGGGGAGCACAUAUUGAUGUUCGUAACAAGAAGGGAAAUACACCACUUUGGCUGGCAUCCAAUGGUGGUCAUUUUGAUGUAGUACAAUUGCUAGUGCAAGCAGGGGCUGAUGUGGACGCAGCAGACAACCGAAAAAUCACACCUCUUAUGUCAGCAUUUCGCAAGGGUCAUGUAAAAGUUGUUCAGUAUUUGGUGAAGGAAGUCAAUCAGUUUCCAUCUGAUAUAGAGUGCAUGAGAUACAUAGCAACAAUUACAGAUAAGGAACUGCUGAAGAAGUGUCACCAAUGUGUUGAGACGAUUGUGAAGGCUAAAGACCAGCAGGCUGCAGAAGCAAAUAAAAAUGCAAGCAUUCUCCUAAAAGAGCUAGAUCUAGAAAAGUCAAGAGAAGAGAGCAGAAAGCAAGCUCUUGCGGCCAAAAGAGAGAAGAGAAAAGAAAAGAGAAAAAAGAAGAAAGAGGAACAAAAAAGGAAACAGGAAGAUGAAGAGAACAAACCUAAAGUGAAUUCAGAACAACCAGAGGGUGAAGAUGAAGAGAAUGAUGAAGUGGAGCAAGAAAUUCCCAUAGAGCCUCCGAGUGCAACCACCACUACUACAAUUGGAAUCUCUGCUACGUCUACCACGUUUACCAAUGUAUUUGGCAAAAAAAGAGCCAAUGUAGUGACAACUCCCAGCACCAAUCGGAAAAAUAAGAAGAAUAAGACAAAAGAGUCUCCUUCCACAACACAUUUAAUUUUACCUGAGCCACAUAUGUCUUUAGCACAACAGAAAGCAGAUAAAAAUAAAAUAAAUGGAGAACCUAGAGGUGGUGGUGCAGGUGGGAAUAGUGAUUCAGAUAACAUAGACAGCACGGACUGCAACAGUGAGAGCAGCAGUGGUGGGAAGAGCCAAGAGUUCAGUUUCACUGUGGAUGUGAAUUCCACCAGUGACAGGAGGUGCCCCACAGUUGUCAGUUCUCAGGAAGAAAAGGCAGUCACCACUACGUCCAAGACUCAGACACGCCUUGACUGUGAAGUAAAUGCUAACUCCAUGUCAACCAGCUACAAGUCAUUGCCAUUAAGUUCUCCAACCAUGAAACUGAAUCUCACUAGUCCUAAAAGAGGCCAGAAAAGAGAAGAAGGGUGGAAAGAAGUUGUUAGAAGGUCAAAGAAACUAUCUGUUCCAGCCUCAGUGGUGUCCAGAAUAAUGGGAAGAGGAGGAUGCAACAUUACAGCAAUACAAGAUGUUACUGGUGCCCAUAUUGAUGUGGAUAAACAAAAAGAUAAGAAUGGAGAGAGAAUGAUCACAAUACGGGGUGGUACAGAGUCAACAAGAUACGCAGUUCAGCUUAUCAAUGCACUUAUUCAAGAUCCUGCAAAGGAAUUAGAAGACUUGAUUCCUAAAAACCAUAUCAGGACACCUGCCAGUACCAAGUCCAUUCAUACAAACUUCUCAUCUGGAGUAGGCACCACAGCAACUUCCAGCAAGAACACAUUUCCCCUGGGUGCUCCAGCUCUUGUAACAUCACAAGCAACAACAUUAUCUACGUUCCAGCCCACUAACAAACUUAGUAAGAGUGUGCCAACAAAUGUGCGGUCUCCUUUCCCAGUGUCGCUUCCCUUAGCUUAUCCUCAUCCUCAUUUUGCUCUUCUGGCUGCUCAAACUAUGCAACAAAUUCGGCAUCCUCGCUUACCCAUGGCACAGUUUGGAGGAACCUUCUCACCUUCACCUAACACCUGGGGACCAUUCCCAGUGAGACCUGUGAAUCCUGGCAAUACAAGUAGUUCUCCAAAGCAUAAUAAUACAGCCCGACUACCUAAUCAGAAUGGACCUGUUUUACCAUCAGAAUCGCCAGGACUGGCUACUGCUGGUUGUCCUAUGACGGUCUCUUCUGUAGUUGCUGCCAGUCAGCAACUGUGUAUGACUAAUUCCAGGACUCCCUCAUCAGUCAGAAAGCAGUUGUUCGGUUGUGUGCCCAAGACCAGUCCUCCAGCAGCAGUGAUUUCCUCUGUGACAAGCACUAGUAGUUCCUUGCCGUCUGUGUCUUCCACAUCUAUCACUAGUGGACAAGUUACUACCACAUUUAUGCCUGCAACUACUCCUCAAUCUUCACAAAAGGUGGAGUCUUUCUCUGUCAUACCGCCUCCCAAAGAGAAAGCGUCCACACAGGACCAGCCCUUGACAAACCUAUGUACACCAUCUCCAACUGCUAACAGUUGUAACAGCUCUGCCAGCAACACCUCAGGAGUGCCAGAAACUCAUCCAUCCAGCAGCCCUACUCCUCCUUCCAGUACUACACAAGAGGAGGUACAGCCAUCCAAGGUGUCUGAUUUAAAUCCCGUGUCAAUGCCUUUUGCCUCUAACUCAGAAUCUGCUCCAUUGACUUUGGCAUCACCGAGAUUGGUUGCUGCUGAUAAUCAGGACACUGGUAAUUUACCUCAGUUAGCUGUACCAGCACCUCGAGUUUCUCAUCGAAUGCAGCCCAGAGGUUCUUUUUACUCAGUAGUACCAAAUGCAACUCUACACCAGGAUCCCCAGUCAAUUUUUGUUACCAAUCCAGUUCCUUUAACACCGCCACAAGGCCCGCCAACUGCAGUGCAGCUUUCAUCGGCUGUGAACAUUAUGAACGGCUCUCAGGUGCACAUAAACCCAGCAAAUAAGUCCUUGCAACCUACAUUUGGCCCAGCCACGCUUUUUAAUCACUUCAGUAGUCUUUUUGAUAGUGGUCAGGUGCCAGCUAACCAAGGGUGGGGAGAUGGACCUCUGCCCUCAAGAGUUGCUGCAGAUGCCUCUUUCACUGUUCAGUCAGCUUUCCUGAGUAACUCUGUACUUGGACACUUGGAAAAUGUGCAUCCUGACAACUCCAAGGCACCUGGCUUCAGACCACCAUCACAGAGAGUUUCUACUAGUCCAGUUGGAUUGCCAUCCAUUGACCCUUCAGGCAACUCCCCAUCUGCUGCUUCUCCUCUGACAAGUUUCUCUGGCAUACCAGGGACAAGGGUUUUCCUACAAGGGCCAGCACCUGUCGGCACUCCUAGUUUUAACAGACAACAUUUUUCUCCCCACCCUUGGACAAGUGCCUCAAACACAUGUGACUCUCCUAUUCCAUCUGUUUCUUCGGGAUCAUCUUCACCUCUUUCAGCCACUUCUGCACCUCCAACAUUGGGCCAACAACCAAAAGGAAACAGUGCCAGUCAGGAUCGAAAGAUACCUCCUCCUAUUGGAACAGAGAGGUUGGCCAGGAUUCGGCAAGGAGGAUCUGUUGCACAAGCCCCUGUAGGGACCAGUUUUGUUGCUCCUGUUGGACACAGUGGGAUCUGGUCAUUUGGUGUCAAUGCUGUGUCAGAGGGCUUAUCAGGUUGGUCACAAUCUGUUAUAGGAAACCAUCCAAUGCAUCAACAGUUAUCAGACCCAAACACAUUCUCCCAGCAUCAACCAAUGGAGAGAGAUGAUUCUGGAAUGGUAGCUCCCACUAAUAUUUUUCACCAGCCAAUGGGUCUGCCAAUUUCCAUGUAUGGAGGCACCAUUAUACCCUCUCACCCUCAGCUUGCUGAUGUCCCAGGGGGCCCACUGUUCAAUGGACUUCACAACCCAGAUCCUGCUUGGAACCCCAUGAUAAAAGUUAUCCAGAACUCAACUGAAUGCACUGAUGCCCAGCAGGCCAGUGUGCUUUCUUCAGUCCCUGCUCUCAAGGGAGAAAUUCCAUCACCUCAGCUAACCAGACCAAAGAAGAGAGUUGGACAGCCAAUUGUGGCCUCUUCUAACCAGAGGCACCAGGAUCAUCUACGACAGAAAGUUCCUGCUGGAGUGCAAAAACUCACCCAUUGCCCAGACACCUCCCUGCUGCCUCCCUCAGAUCCCCGGGGUCACAAUUCCCCCAACAGUACCACCCUUCAAGCUGGAGUUGCUGAAGGAACAGAAGCAGACAGAGGAAGAGAUAACCGAUGACGAACAAUUUGAAAUGGACAUGUAAUCUAGUGCAAAGUGACCUGUGUGGAGUUAUGGAAGGAGCUCUCAUGCCACUAUUGUCAUCACCCCUUCUAGGGUAUCCAGGGCCAGCUGGCCUCAUCUAAUCUGGAAGAGUGAAUUGUUGGUUCUGAGCUUCCUUUAGUUCUGAGGCAGCUAGACCAGGGAUAGCAGUGGGCAACCUGCCAAGCCUUUAGCUUUCUCUGGUCUAUACAUAUUCCUCCCUAACUCUGCUCUUCCCCUCAGGGCUGGCACUGGGGAACAGAGUAUGUCACCUUCUGGCUGCUUAGUAAACUUUCAAAAAACUG